CGGAUAGAUGUGGUUAGUUGCUCUACUGUUUAUGAUAACUUUCUGCCGUUUAGGAUGUCUGUGGGUACCAGUUCAUAAAUAGGCGUGCGUGCCGUGGACCUUGGUGUUGCUACUUGCUACCAAUGGUCAUGGCGAAGCAGCACCAUGACAAGGGGUUGCCGAAGCAAGCUCGCAAUGAGCCCGCGCCGUUCCGGCUCGAGCAGUGUUGCCGCUGCGACGAUGCCCACCGUCAGGCCGACGACGAGUCCAUGGAUGCUGCUGGGUCUGCUGGCCCGCUGCACCUGACUCUCGGCCCGCUCGGCUCGGCCGCCGGCCCCCGUUGCUCGUGCGGUGUCGCGCCGGCGCCGGCGCCGGCGGCGCCCGCAACGGUGGCCGUCCUCCGCGGGUCCCGGUACAUGAGGCCGGCGCAGGAGCUGCUGGGCGAGGCUGUGCGCGUGGCCGACCUGGCGGCUGCCGACGACGAAGACGAGGACCAGGCGGCGGAGCGGCUCGAGGGCGGCGGUCACCGGGCGGCGCGUCGGGCGGCCGGGAACGACGGCGACGGCGUCCAGGCCAAGCUCCUCUACCUGCUCAGCGAGCUGGAGAGCAGGCGGGAGCGCUACUUCGGCGAGCUGGAGCGCGUGGUGUCGUCGUUCGAGCCGGCGCUGGGCGGCGGCGCGGCGGCGGCGUACACAACCCUGAUGGCGCGGGCCAUGGGCCGCCACUUCGGCAACCUGCGCCGCGCCAUACUGCGCAGGCUCAGGCUCCAAGCCGCCGCUGCGGCGAGGAGGUCUCUGCGGCGCGGCGGCGAGGACCAGGACGACGACGACGACGACGACGGCGACGGCGACGGCGAGGUGACCGAGGAGCUGGUGGACAGGUUGGCUCGGCGGACGAAGCUGGCCGCGGCGGCGCGGGCGGAGCAAGCGUGGCGGCCGCUGCGUGGUCUGCCGGAUGGCUCCGUGGCCGUGCUCCGGGCGUGGCUCUUCGACCAUUUCCUCCACCCGUACCCCAACGACGGCGAGAAGCUGAGGCUGGCGGUGACCACCGGCUUGAGCAGGCGCCAGAUAUCCAACUGGUUCAUCAACGCGCGCGUGCGGCUGUGGAAGCCCAUGAUCGAGGAGAUGUACAAGGACGAGUUCUCCGACGGUUCCGCCGUCUCCAGCUACGACGACGCCAGCGCCAGCGGCGCCUCCUCAUCCUCCUGAGUCUUGACCACCUCGCCCUCGAGAGCGUUUAUCUAGCUAAUUCAUCACUCGGUUGAUUGGUCCUGUUGCUUUGGGAUUAUAUUAAUUUAUUUAUAUCCAUGCUUAAUCAUGUGCCUCUCUUGUAUUUUUUUUAGAAAAGGACAUACUCCUUCAAAAUCUAGCGACUUUUCGAAUUCAUGUGCAAUGCUAUAAGCCCAUA